UCUCACUAGCAGCUUUUAAUAUAAGAUUAACACAACCCUCAAGAGUUAGGUUCUUUGAAGCUAGAAGAUGGAAACAAUGUCUGAAAAAGUGGGAGCGGUGGGUGGUAACAAGGGCGGACCAUUUGACGACGGGGUUUACGAUGGUGUGAAGAAAAUAACGGUGGGAAAAGACUGGGACUGUGUUUCUUAUAUCAAGAUUGAGUACGAAAAGGAUGGAAAAUUUGAAACCCGUGAACAUGGAACCAUUCGUGGAGAACUUCAAGAGUUCUCGGUGGAUUACCCGAACGAAUAUAUCACAUCUGUUGGUGGAAGCUACGAACGCGAUUCCAGCUAUGGAGCAGUGCUGAUCAAAUCUUUACGCUUCAAAACCUCACAUGGAAGGACCUCUCCGAUACUCGGUCAUACGACGUUGUUUGGAAACCCAGAUGGGAGAGAAUUCUUGCUAGAGGGUAAAGAUGGUGGAAAGCUUCUUGGUUUCCAUGGACGUUCUGGUCAAGCUCUUGAUGCCAUUGGUCCUCACUUCUUCGCUGUGAAAUCUCCUCUUAAGCACUUUAACCGUGAAGGUGGAAACGGAGGGAGUGCUUGGGACGAUGGGGCUUUUGACGGUGUUAGAAAAAUACUUGUAGGGCGUGGUGGUAAAUCUGUGAGUUACGUCAGGUUUGAGUAUGCAAAAGGCCAAGGAAUGGUGCCACAUGUUCAUGGGAAGAGACAAGAGGUUCCACAGGAGUUUGUGGUGGAUUACCCUAAUGAACAUAUUACGUCAGUGGAGGGAACCAUCGAUGGCUAUCUUACAUCGCUUAGGUUUAAGACAUCAAAAGGAAGAACCUCCCCUGCUUUUGGCAAUGUGGCUGGUAGGAAAUUUGUGUUCGAGGAAAAAGAUUUAAAGCUUGUCGGGUUUUGUGGUCGGUCCGGUGAUGCUAUCGAUGCUAUUGGUGCACAUUUUGCACCUCUUCCACCUCCACCUCCACCUCCAGCUCCAGCUCCAGCUCCGGCUCCUACUCCAGCUCCAGCUCCAGCUCCCACUACCACAACGAUGGGACCCCUCGGAGGUAACAAGGGAGACACAUUUGACGAUGGUAUUUUGGACGGCGUGAAGAAAAUAACCAUCGCCGCAGAUGAAUACAGCAUAACUUAUAUCAAGAUCGAAUAUGAAAAAAAUGGGAAAGCUGAAGUCCGUGAACACGGGACGAACCGUGGAGAGCUAAAAGAGUUUUCCGUGCCUUAUCCGGCUGAGUACAUCACAGCCGUUGGUGGAAGCUACAAGCAUAUUUUCAGCUAUGAUACAACGCUUAUUACAUCGAUAUACUUCACAACCUCCAAAGGAUUUACGUCUCCAUUGUUCGGUGAGAUGAAGGGAACAGAAUUCGAGUUCAAAGGCGAAAAUGGUGGAAAGCUUGUUGGAUUCCAUGGACGUGGUGGCUAUGCUAUUGAUGCCAUCGGUGCACAUUUUGCUGCAUCUACAACCUCUUCUCCAUCUUCUCUCAUCAAAGUGGAAGCUGUAGGAGGAAAGGGUGAAGAUACAUUCGAUGAUGGUGGUGCUUUUGAUCAUGUAAGAAAAGUUUUUGUUGGUCAAGGCAAUUCCGGUGUGGCUUAUAUCAAGUUUGAAUACGAGAAAGACGGUAGAAGAGUGACACACGAGCACGGAAAAGAGACAUCCCUAGGAACAGAGGAGUUCGAGGUUGGUCAAGGCGACGACAUCACAUCUGUGAAAGUUUACUACGAUAAACUCUUUGGCUCGAAGACAGAGAUAAUAACGUCUCUUACGUUCAAGACACUGAAGGGCAUCACCUCUCAGCCGUUUGGAAUGACCUCAGAGAAUUUUUCCUUGCUCGAAGGUGGCAAAAUCACCGGUUUUCAUGGAAGUUCGACGGACGUUCUUCAUUCUCUCGGAGCUUAUACAGUGGCUUGUGUCGGGAGCUUAUAAGCUAUGAUGCACGGGGACGGCAUAUCCUUGACGUCUCCUGUUCCGUGUUUGGUGGGUUUGUGAGUUUUAAGAGGUCAUUUGCUUGUGUGUUUUAGAAAUGUCUACAUUUUAUGUGUGUUUGGUCUUUAUGAAAUAAAUCCAAUCAAUAAGAGUAUAACUGGGUUUUCAAGUAAUGUAUGUGUUCUACAUUUUCCGUGUGUUUGUCUUUAUGAAAUAAAUCCAAUCAAUAAGAUUAUAACUGGGUUUUCAAAUAA